AUGAAUAAUUAUAAUGCAACACCGACUAAUAAUAUUAUGUCAUUUACUACAAGUGGUUAUGUCAAUCAAGCUCUUAUAUUCAAUGCUAGUAGCAAUCCAAAGCUUACUACUUCUUACAUUCCUCUACAAUCUUCUAGCUUUACAAUUGAUACCUGGCUUUAUAUAACUACCCUAACUUCGGAUACGACUACCAUUGCUAUAUUUAGUAUCUGUCCUGUAUUGACUUAUGACGAGUGUUUAAUGUGCGUUAUACGUCAGGUGAAUUCUGCCUUUUAUUUAUUUCUAGGCUUUUAUUACGAUGAUUGUGCUGGUAAUACAUCAUUAACAGUGAAUACAUGGAUACAUGCAGCAUUUGUAUUUGAUUUAACAACUUUAACACAAAAAGUUUAUUUAAAUGGAGUAUUAGAUAGCACUUGUAAUGUGUCAUCCGCAUAUACUGGUGGAACAUCUAAUACCACCAUUGGACAUAUUCCAGCAUAUACGCCUUAUAUUGGUUAUUCCCCUUUUCAGGGUUAUAUGGAUCAAAUGACAGUUUCAAAUCGAGUCAAAUCAUCAUGUGAAAUAUUAGAAAUAGCAACAUUGGUCGCUUAUUUUACUUUCGAUAAUGGACUAUUUCUUAAUGAUUCGGGUCCAAACUCUCUCCAAGCUACAACAAACUCAACAUCAUCUACUGCAUCUGGUCGAUUUUUUCAAGCAAUCUCAUUUACUGGUUCAAAUUCUUCUUAUUUUCAAAUGAGUGAUUUUACUGCACUGGGAAUAUCCAACAGACCAUUCUCUAUUUCUCUCUGGGUUCGACCGAUCUCUCUUCAAGGUGUUAUCGUUAUUAUCUCAAUCACAUCAACUGGAUAUUGCGUACCACAUUUUGGUUUUUCUAUUAAUGGUACAGUUAUGGCACAAAUAUAUAAUGGAACUGGUUUCGUCGCAGUUACUGAUGCUACACAUUCUGUUGCAACAUCAGUCUGGUCACAUCUUGUUCAAACAUGGAGUUCAACAAAUGGUAUUCGUCUCUAUGUCAACAAUGUUCUUGUUGCAUCAAAUCUUAUCUCGGCUGGAUCAUAUUCAGGCAGUGGAUUGCCUCCUUAUAUUACUUUAGCUAAUAGUUUAAGUGCUCCGUCAUCAUGCUUUGGAAACCAGGUGACUGCAAUGCCAUUUCAUGGAGAUAUUGAUGAUUUUCGUGUUUAUAGUCGAGAACUAUCUACCAAUGACGUUUGCACACUAUACAGUAACUGA